AUACCACAGAGCUCGAGAUAGAGAGAUUCUAUACUAGACCUAGACAGAAAUAACCGUCUGGUAUGGGUCAUUCUUUAAUAAAACUGACAUUUGUCGAUAUUCCCCAUAGAUGUAAAGUUACACUAGUAUAUCCGGAGGUCGAUCUAGUGGAGCCAGACGUAGUCUCAGUGGAACAACCGACGAUAUGUAGCAUGUAUAGAGACUGAAGCUUUUGGUCUAGGGUCUACUAGACCUAGUUCAAUUCCACAUUACGCGAUUAUCUUCAUCACCAUGAAGCGGCACUUAACUGGAAGAAGAAUGAGUUAAUAGUUGACUCUUCACAAUACUUGUGUUUGGUGCCAAGGAAUUUCAUCAUACUGUUCAUAGAAGAUGCUACCACGCUUUUAAUUGGAGGAUGGGGAUUCCCCCGACGGCUUCGAAGAUCAUCUUGAAUGGAAUCCUUCGCUUGCUAAAUCGCUUAUUAAAUGGAAAAAUUGAGGGCGAUGUAAAUGCAGCAUAGCUUCCAUGUAAAGAUGAGUUACUCGUUGGAGAAGUAGAUCACACAGCCUUAAAACUGAAAAAGGCAUUUCAGUGACGGAUUGGAGAACACUUUCUCAGGAAUUCACAUUGCAAGUUGCCAAUGAUGAUGUUGAAUUUGAUGCUGUGAAGACCAACAUUGUUCUGCAACAAAUUGUAUUCAGGGGAAUUGGAGUUUUGAAAUGUGACUAUGAACUGGGAGAAACCUUUCAAGGCUGAAUUGUUUGGGCUGAGGCAUUCUCUAAAAAGAAAUAGAACAGAUAAUUUCAUCCAUUUCUCUGUGAAAAGACAAAAGUCAAGGGUAAUUUCAAAGACAGCAAUUGCUUAUUAAAUUAAACUCAUUUUAAUCAUCUUUAAUCUAAUAAGGAAUAUCGUAGAAGAUAUUACAAAAUAACCUUUCUUUCUAUUCCCAUACAAUUAUUGGUCAUCAUUUUCAUGUAUCCUUGGCUUAAUCAUGGUAGACGACCCCCAUUGGAAUGAUUAGAUUUUUCAUCCUACACCGUAGAUGUGUGCAUGGUUGAUGUUUGCCAAGUCUGCUAUAAGAAAGAAAUCAACUUCAAUUAUUGAAUUGAUGAGAGUCGAGUAGAGCAGGUUGCUUUUCAGACGUCAACAGAACAACCACGUUUGCAUUAUUAAUGGUAUCGUCGUAGCCAGAAGGAGAAUAAAUUUCUCCUCAAGAUUUUUGAUCUAUCGCAGAGCUUUUGUGCUUCCAGACGAUUCAUUUGAAUUACCGAGAUUGUGAAACAUCAACGCUACAUUGGAAUUAUUUAUGGUGUUGUGGUUACCAGAAAGUGAACAUUUUUUCUAAGCGAUUUCCCGUUUGACGAACAGCUUUCUCACUUCCAGGUGUCUUCUUUGAAGUACCAUGAUCAUGAAAAAUCGAUGUGGAUAGACCAAGGAAGAGAGAGACGCCGAGAGAUGUGCAUCUAGAAUGAUCAUGUGACAUGGAGAUGUGCAUCCAGAAUGAUCAUGUGAUAUGGAGGCGUUCCUUCUUCUCGUGUGGUGGCAAAAGGAAACUAAAAAUGGAGUAAACAGAUGCAACUUAACAACUCUGAAAGGUUAUCUUCAUUUGCAUGAACCCAAUAUUGUGUCUUAUAUUUUGGGAACCUGAAAACACUUUUUGUGAUAAAAAUUUGAAGUGGUUGAGACUGUCACCAUGGGAUGUUCGGCAGGGAAAAAUCCUCCACUGGAUAGGAUACCCUCGACAUCGUCGACCACGGAACUCAGGGUCAAAGAAAACGGCAAGUCUUUGCACUCAAAAGGUAAUGGAAAUAAUUCUGAGCUGCCAAACAAGAUAAAUCUAGAGAGAAGAGAUACAGGGAAAUUUGUCAAUGGUCUAGGAAAUGGAGAGGAUAAGCAGGAACAUAAUCAAGGAACAAGUCUAGUUGACUAUUCAAGUAUGAAGAAACACAAAGAUAUGCCGUUAUCGGGCCCCAUAUGCAAUAACAAUAAGAAUGUUUCGAAAAGCCAGUCUGAUUUCUUCAAGAUGUUGGAUGCCAAAAUAGAGCAGGGUGAGGAUUUUGCUACACAAGAAGUGACGUGACACCCGUCUCUCAGACCUAGAGGAACCUGUUGCAUGAUGGGAGGAAUCUGUAAGACAGGGAUAGAGAGUGAAGAAGCUUCUCAGAAGAAUGCUGGACGUUGCUUCCCCCUUCCCUGUUUGAGAAAGUUGUAAAUCAAAAAAAUGAUUUUUCUUUUCUAAGAAUGAGAAAGUAUGGACUUCUUUAAGUCAUGAUGGGUUUUUUUUUUAAGGAGAGAUGACCUAUAUUUUGUAAUAACAUUGUAAAUCUGAGUGAAAAUUAUUUAUAACUUGUGUUGAAUGGUGUUCAGUAUGAA